AGUUGUUAAUUUUGUUUCCAUUUCAAUGUCGCCAACGAAUCCGAGAGAAUCGGUCGAAUCCGUGAAAGUUGGAUCGGAACCUCCCGCCGGACAGUCAAACGCCUCCGCCGUGGCCAACCUAGUGCUCACUGGUAUCGGCGUUGGCAUGCUCAGCCUACCAGGAGCGAUAGCCCAGGCGGGUUAUGCGUUCGGAUUCGCUCUUCUCAUCUUUAGUGGAAUUGUUGGUAUGCUGUAUACUCAGCUAUUACGUGCCUGUAUGAAACCCGGUACGCGAAACUAUGAAGAUAUUGGUAUGGAUGCUUUUGGUCGAUGGGGUGUUGCUGCUGUCGCAUUCGGGGUAAACGGUGCACUGCUGGGCACGUGUUGUGUACUAAUGCUACUUCUUGGUCAAAAUUCUUUUAAACUUUAUAACGGGAUUGCCCAGGAAUUCUGGGUUCUUAUCUGGGCAGGCAUCCUACUACCUAUCUCAUGGUUACGUACUAUGAAACAUGUCGGCUACAUCAGCGGCACAGUGGGCGUAGCUUCGGUCAUCAUUCUUACGUUGUCUAUCAUCUACGCAGGCUUUGCCCGGGUUGCAGAAGACAGUGGCCACCAUGAUGUUGUCUACGAACCGUAUCCCUCAGGUGUAAUGGGACUCGGUAUAUCUUUCGCCAGCAUGACAUUCGCAUUCGCCGUCACGUGCACAAGCACCACUGUGUUGCACGAUAUGAAGGACGCUUCCGCUCACCGUUGCGUCGUCUACUGGGGAGUUAGUCUUGUUGGUGCUGUUUACUUUAUCGUGUCUGUGUCGGGCUAUAUUGGAUGGGGCUCGUCUCUAACUAAAUUUGGGAAUUUCAUCGAUGCUGUGGCCGGGAGCACUCGUACCUAUGGUCCAACAGCUUACCUUUGUAUAUGUAGCAUUAUAGUAAUAUGCGUAACUCAUUACGCUGUCUUGUUGAAUCCAGUCAGUCGUAUCGUCGAGGUUGCGCUUCGGACUGAAGAACAUCAAAUAGUCAAGUCGUGUGUUCUCCGAAGCAGCUUGGUUGCUUUCACUGUUCUCAUUGCUAUAUUCGUCCCCAAGUUCCAGGGUCUUGUCGGUCUUCUGGGCUCCGUCUGCUUUUCCCUCAUUCAUAAUUUCUUCCCCUCGAUUUUUUAUAUCCGUCUCGUUCUUCUGCGGCAGCCCAAAGAGCGCUCGAGACAAGUGAUUAUGAAGAUAACAGGACUUGGCGUUCUCUUGGUGAUUUCCUUCAUCGGCUCUGUCUGCGGUAUAUAUGAUGCCAUUCUAGCUUUGGUGUAGUUGUAGAAUCAACCCUUUUCUUAGAAGGGAGGAGUCUUUCAGCAGAUGGUCUGGGGAAUUUUCAACUAGGCGAUGAUACCGCGCCCGUACAAAGUCGUGGGUGAAACCGUCAGUGAUGGUCAGUGAUGCACAUUUCGUAACUCAUAAGAAUUGAGUCAUUUUUCUACUAUGCAGCGUCAUUCGACAUUCUCAUUGUUGUUGAUUGUUUGUCGA